AAAUUAAUGCGGGUCCCGCGCAUGCCUGCUUGGCCCGGCUCUCUCCAAUCUAAACAAAACAGAAAGAAAAGUAAAACUUGAAAACAAAGACUAAGAGACUCAGACAAGUUACUAAAACGUAUGUGAGUCAUUAGAUUACGCAAGAAGGCAGUACUGAGGAAUUCUAUCAAUAUCUGGUUUAUUCCCUAAAGAAUCGAUAAUACGUCAUGAUAAACUUUCAAAACAUCAUUCCAAUGUCUUCACUCGAACAUAGUACCCUUGUGGUGAAAACAAAGAUCUCUAUUUUAUUGUUUCAAGGUAAAAGAAGAUAGGACAAAAAAAUGGCAGAAAUUCAACCAAGGAUAUAUGACUCUGAAAAUGCAGUGAGCGUGGCACGAAAUGACGAAAAUUCCACAAUGUCGAUUCAUCUAUCUUCAAAUGGAGUGGGAGCUACUCUUCACUAUCCUAUCGUUACGGAGCCUAGCUCAAAGAGGAAACUCUCUUUGAAACAAGCAUCAUCUUUAAAAGAUUCUUCUAAUUUAAAGGAAAGUAUAUCCUCAACAUUAAAGCGAAAAACUAAACAGUUCCUCGGCCUUGAUGAAGAUGAAAAGGGGGAAAGAGAAUUUUUAUGGACUGAACGAAGGAUUCGGUUAGCUAAUAGGAAAUAUGGCGGAAUAGAUUUAGACAAGAUUAACAAGACCCUACCACGACCUCCUCUUAGUGUAGAUUCUCCUGAUGGAGAACCAAUAAUCCACCAAGUCUCCAUUUACACAACCUAUCCGAGGCACAAACAGUCUGUUGCCAAUUUCAUGGUGGACGGGAUUUCGACCCUUGGGAGAAAAAUUCGAGGGGAAUCAGAAGAGGUGAAGACUCAAUCACAGUCAAGAAGUUUUAUUCCUAAAGACAUUUAUGGAGAUAGUUCGUCUACUGUUCCAAUAGACCAAGAGAUAUUUUUUGAUAAAGUUCCAAGAGUACCUGAGCCAUCCUUUUCCCGCAAUCCUGAGAGGAAUAUCACCAGACUUAGUGAUAAAAAUCGCAUCCGUCCUUUAGGUAAAGACAAGUCUUCUCCUAAAACAUUUAAUCAAUCACAGGGUCCUGACACAGUGGAUAAGAGAGAAUAUGGUAUAGGAGUAGUCGGAGAAGCAUUUGGUCGUGACUAUCUCACAAUGGUGCGUUCCAAACCUCAUGUCCAAAAACAGUUAGAUGACAUGGACGAUUAUCGCCCGUACUUCACAUAUUGGGUAACAACAGUACAAGUUAUAAUUAUGAUAGUUAGUCUUGUACUUUAUGGAUUUGGCCCAAUAGGAGUCGAGUUAAAUCAAAGUCGAGGACAGGUACUAUCACAUGGAUUAUUCAUAGAAGAGGUAGAUUACCUUGAACCCUCGAACUUCUGGUUAGGACCCAGACCUGCUGAUCUAAUACAUCUUGGAGCAAAGUUCUCGCCUUGCAUGAGAAAGGAUGAUCUUCUCUUGGAGGAAAGAAAAUUACAACUGGAACAGGAAAGAGAAACAGGUUGUUGUGUAAGGAAUGAUUACUCAGGAUGCUCUCAAACUUCCCGAGAAGAGUGCUCUACACUAGUCUCGACCUUUCAUAAGUGGAGUGCUGAGAUGCCGGGUCCGGAUGGGCGAAUUUCCGGACCUGUUUGUGGCCAGGAUCCUCAAUACUGUACAGCUCCCUUAUCUAGUUAUUCAAAUACAUGGCCGGAUGAUAUAUCUUCUUGGCCUAUCUGCUACGUCUCCUCUUUGCCUAAAACGACCAGCUUCUGGGGAAUUGGAAGUCAAAAAUUGUCCCCUGCUCCUGUUCACAUGACCUGCGAACGAAUAUCUAGACCAUGCUGUUUUGGUAUUCAUGGAAAAUGUGAGAUUCGAACUCAAGAAUUUUGCGACUUUGUUCACGGAUAUUUUCAUGCUGAAGCAACCCUAUGCUCUCAGGUUUCAUGUAUGCAGGACGUCUGUGGCAUGCUUCCAUUUUUUAAUUCUAAUUACCCAGACCAGAUAUACAGACUUUGGACCGGAUUGUUCCUGCACGCUGGCAUCAUACAUCUGUUAAUCACCUUGUUGGUUCAGCUCUACCUCAUGCGGGACAUGGAAAAGUUAUGUGGUCCCUUUAGAAUGGGAAUAAUCUACCUAGGUUCCGGGAUGGCUGGUAACAUAGCUUCGGCCAUAUUCAUACCAUUCCGAGCUGAAUCUGGUCCUGCUGGUGCUCAGUUUGGAGUUCUCGCCUCCCUGAUUGUUGAAGUUCUUAAUGUAUGGCCGGCAUUGAAAUCUCCAGGUGUAGCCCUUGGUAAACUUAUUUCCAUAAUCUCUAUUCUGUUCCUUAUGGGCCUUUUACCAUGGGUGGACAACUAUGCUCAUAUUGUAGGAUUCUUCACAGGCUUUCUUCUUUCUUAUUCUCUGAUGCCUUAUGUUGCUUUUGAGCACAACUCACAUAGCAAGACUAAACGUGCUGUAUUGAUUGCUGUAUGUCUGAUAAUGUUUAUUCUCAUCUUCGUAACAUUGACAGUAAUAUUCUACAAUAUUCCAAACACUGAGUGUGAAUGGUGCAAAUAUCUAACCUGUAUACCAUUUACUAAAGGCUUUUGUGCAGACCAGAAUAUUAACUUUAUGCAGGAUCCACCGAUACUUAAUUUUUAAACAGAAAAGUAUUAUUUGAAAAAAAUCUUCAUGCCUUCUAGGCAGCAUUUUCAUAAGAGGAUCCAGGAUCUGCAUCAAAAUUAAAUGGAUCCUAAGCACUGGAUAAACAAAUAAUUUUUGACGAAUUCCCACUCUCCCUUAAACCACUGAAGAGUUUUUUUCAGAAAUCUUUAAUCUAAACUUUUUUUUUCCUUUUUGAUUUGCAUUUAUUUCAUUUACACAUGAUAUGAAGUCUUGAAUGAAGACAAAGUAAAAAAAAGAUAUUUUUUAAUAACAUUAUUUAGCAUGAUAUCUUAAUCUUUUGAUUUAUAAUCUAUAUCGUUUUUUAUCAAGUAUAUGAAAUUGAAUUUAUUUUUUGAUAUUGUAUCUUUAGAUGAUAAAUAUAUAUUUUUUGCUUUA